GCAGUUAACAACUUCUAACGAUGGCAGGAUCAGUGCAAGGAACCUGGAUAUGCAAGGCUCUUACCUGUCUUGUGCUAGCCCUUUGCCUCCUGUCGACGAUGAUUCAGUUGGUUUUGGGCCUGUAUCAAUAUUCGGCGGCGGAUCUUCUUCGACUCCGACCAAGGUUGACUAGAUCUGUUAUGGACGUCCUGUUAACCUUCCCGGACAUCUUUUUUCAGCCACGACACAGAUAUAUCCACAGAGGCUCCCGCCGGAAUUUUCAACAGGAUACUCGAGCUAAAAUAACCUCUUACUGGUCCACUUCUCGUCCACCACUGAGGCCAUCUGGCAGAGCCUCGGACUCGAGUGUGUUAGCCAGCCUAGCUACGGUGGCUAGCGCUCCUGCUCAUCUCAGCGAGGAUACCAUCAGCUUUGCUCAUCUUAACAUCCGUUCCCUUACAGGAAAGACUCAUCUCAUUCAGGAUCUUCUUACGGAUCAUAACAUUGACAUCCUUUCUCUAAAUGAGACGUGGCAGCAACCCCAGGACUUUACUUUGCUCAAUGAAGCAACACCUCCUGGGUUUGUUUACAUGAUGCAACCUCGUAACUCUGGUCGUGGAGGAGGCCUCGCGAUACUCUACUGCGAGACAAUGCGAGUUACACCGCUGACAGUUUCUUCCUAUGGUUCAUUUGAGUCUCCUGUUUGUCAACUACCUGGCUCUAUUCCCAUCAUUGUUGCAACUAUUUACCCUUCCCCUAAAUUCAACAAAGAGUUUCUGAAUGACUUUUCUGCUUUUAUAGCUUAUUUGUCCUCGUUAUCUUCAAACAUAAUAAUAAUGGGUGAUUUUAACAUUCAUUUGGAUAACAGUAAGUCCUUGGCGACCAGAGAUUUUAUUUCUUGCCUUGAUAACUUUGACUUUCAGCAGUUUAUGGAAACCCCGACACAUUUCAAAGGACAUAUUUUGGAUUUGAUUUGCUGUACUGGACUCACUCCGAAUGAUUGUACUGCGGAAGAAUUUCCCUCUUCAGAUCAUUUUCUUUUUACAUUUAAUAUGACUCUUACUGUCUACACCAUCAAACCUCAACGUGUAAUAACUUUUAGGAAUCUUAAAAAUAUCAACAUGGACAAUUUUCAAUUAGAUAUUGAUGCAUUUGUGGAAUCAUUACAAACUAUUUCUCCGUCAGAUUUAGUUAACUUUUAUAACGAAGGACAUCUUGACAUUUUGAAUUUGGUAGCCCCACUCAAAACCCAAUCAGUUUCAUUUACACAUACUGCCCCAUGGUUUACACCAACUUUGCACAUUUUAAAAUCUAAAGGUCGGCAGUUAGAACGGCUGUACAAGAAGACAGGUCUUAAUGUUCAUAAAGAAAUGUAUUUCAGCCAUAUGCAUCACUAUAGGGACAGCAUACGGCAUGCUAAAGCUGCCUGUUUUCCCUAAUUU